AUGGUUGAUGCCAUGUGUUCCCAAGCCAAGCUGAAUAUGCCGUGGCACUAUCAUCCUCUACUCAUGCUUGAUGUUGGUGAUCAUCUGCUAUGCGUAAUUUGUGGUCUGCCAGGCGGAUACGGCUACUGUUGCCCUCGUUGCAGAAUGAUGGUUCAUGAGAAAUGCGUCUCCGUAUUUGACUCACCGGAGAUCACUCAUCAUUUUCAUGCCGGACACUCUCUUAAGCUUCUUACCCAAGGAGCUCCUGAAUACACGGAUGCAACAUGUCAUGUGUGUGGAAAACAUGUUGGGAACUUUCUUUACCAUUGUGAUAUUUGUAAGUUCAACUUGGAUAUGGUUUGUGUGGUUCAAUACCACAAACACCAUAAACUCAUACCAGUUGAACUUUCAAAUAUGAAGGUCCAUGAGCAUACACUCACACUCAUCCCAAAAUUGAUCUCCUUCGUUUGUGAUGCUUGUGGGACGAAAGGCGACCGUUCUCCGUAUGUUUGUCUUGAGUGCAAUCUCAUGUUCUUCCAUCAAAAAUGUGCCCAUCUACCACGUGUCAUUAACGUCAAUCGCCAUGAUCACCGCGUUUCUUACAAGUAUCCUCUGGGCCGUGGAGAAUGGAGAUGUGGAGUUUGUUUGGAAGAUAUCGAUUGGUCAUAUGGGGCUUACUCUUGUUCUGAUUGCCCAAAUUACGCUAUUCAUUCAAGAUGCGCAACAGGGGAUGACGUAUGGGAUGGGAAGAGCUUGAUGGAGUACCUGAAGAAGUCGAAGACAUCGAGCCAUUCAAGAUGA